AUGCGCCCUGUGCGAGUCUUCUGGCCACGAGACGUCACAUCUGACGGGGUUGCUGUGGGUUGGCUCCACGAGACUGCCGUCGUUGUCGCCGACGUGGUGGAAAGCAAAGACGUGGAAAAUGUGCUCCAUGAUAGAGUAUACAAACACGAGAAAUGGCUAGAACUCAAGGAAGCUUGUAUCACGCCGCCUGAAGUUGUUGGCCAGGUCACGUUUACAGACUCAGGUUUACCAUCCUUGACACUAGCAAAUGGGGCGCAUUCAGGGGCAACCAUCACACUGGUAUUCUAUGAGCGGCUCUCUUUGUACAAAAUGCGGUUCUAUUCUCUCAAUGCUCUCGAACUGGAUAUCACGACAGAAUCGAGCACUUAUUCAUCAAACGCAAUAGACAAGGAUUUAUUAAGACAGGAGACCCUGUUUAACACCUAUCGACCGGCCAAUGCACCGUUUCCUCUUAGGACUCUUAUGAACCAAAUUAAUGCAUCCAAAGUCGUGUCCGAUGCGCUUUCCACGCCCGUCGAUAAACCAAGUGCACAGACUCAAGGACACUCAAAGCUGCCUUUUGUGCUUCAAGAAAUUAGCAAGGCACUGAUGAAUGUCUCGAUGGGGACUCUCAACUUACGCCUGUCUAUCCUUGGGUCCACCAUAACCUUCAAAGACGUAUCUGCGACUGGCAAGUACCUUCGAAGUCCCACUCAGCAGAUGGACGUCAGGCUAGAGCAAUUCUCCUUUUUCCCAUCACAAGUCGCACUGAUCAGCACUCGGAGCCGGCGCGAUAUCUCCCUUUAUGCGGCUCAAUAUAUCAAUUUCUUCAAUAAUAUCUGGUUAAUCUUCAACGACGUUGUAAUGGGAGUCGCGGCUGGCGCGAUUAUCUGCGAAAACCACGAGCGACUAGCUGAAAUACUCUAUCAAUGGACAGAGCGCUGGUCUGUCGACAGCCUCAUUCAUGCUCUGCGUUGGUUGGAUGAUUGGCCAGUGGGUCUCAAACUCAAUACAGAUCUAAGCCGAGCGCUCAGUCUUUCAUUCAUUGUUCUCACUACACUGUGGAAGAAUGUUCUGGUUGGCCUCUCUCCGUACUUUCCGACAAUGGUGUACACAAUCGGUUUAUCUGGUUAUUUUGGUCUGACGAUGAUGCUCGCAACGUCCUCCGAUACGCUUUCGCUCCUGACCAUCCAUAUCUAUCUAUCUUACCUCGCCGCAACGUCAGCUUGCCACCAGAUCAUUGUACUGGCUGGAUCUCUGUGGAAUCUUUUCCGAGGAAAACGGUACAACGUCCUCCAAAAGCGAUUGGAUUCGUGGGAGUAUAGUCUCGAUCAGCUUCUUCUUGGAACCAUGCUGUUUACCCUCGUUACAUUUCUCUCUCCGACAAUGAUCGUAUAUUAUGCACUCUUCGCGGCGGCUCGACUAAUGAUCAUCACAGUAUACGCGACCAUGGAGACACUGCUUGUCUUUAUGAAUCACUUUCCGUUAUUUGUCCUCAUGCUACGCAUCAAAGAUCCACAGCGGCUUCCAGGCGGUAUUGUAUUCGUUCCUACAAAGCGGACUGCGGUCGCCAGUCUCGAAGUCAAGAGUGUACCCAUUCCAUUCUCUGGGAUAUUCUUCCAGUACUUGCUCCUCUGGGGACGCCUUUCAUCCCAUUAUCACCCUAUUCGCUUGCUGGGACAUAUUGCUUCUGCAACAUUCAUCAACCCUAUCCCUCGAUUUUCUAUCCGGUAUUCGAUGCUCCCGACCGCGGCUCUGGACCGACGAAAGGAAAAAGUGGAUUAG